AGCAACCAAUAAUUACACAUUUUUCAACCCAUUUAUAUAUACUGGUAGCACAAAACAACAAAUGCACAUGCAGCCUCAUCACUUUCGAGGAACCUCCUUCUCCUCUCCAGCCAGCUGCAGGGGUUAUUUUUGCUUUUUUAAAGUGUUUUGUUGAGAGCCCUUGAUCAUGUUUUCUUGCAUUGCCUGAUUCUAGCUAACACCGGCUGGUUUUCUUUCUUGUCGAUGGGAAGGGCCAUGAGGAAAUCCGUUUGGACAUUUCAAAUGUUUGUUCGAUUUGUCUGUGUAAUUGUCUGGUUGUUUGUUUUGUGUAAAGGGCAGGAAGACAUGAUGAGUAGUUCAAUAGGUCCAAUGAAGAAACAAGAGCAAGAAGCUCUCUUUUCUGCUAUUCAAGGAUUUGUGGGAAACUCCUGGAAUGGCUCCGAUCUCUAUCCAGACCCUUGUGGGUGGACGCCAAUACAGGGAGUGUCUUGUGAUCUUUACGAUGGAUUUUGGUAUGUUACUGCAAUAAAAGUCGGACCAGUUUACGACAACUCUCUCCGGUGUACGAGAAGAGCAGGAUUCACACAUCACUUGUUCAUGCUUAAGCACCUAAGAAUACUCUCAUUCUUCAAUUGUUUCUUUUCACCCCACAAAAACCCAGUAAGAAUCCCCACCUCCAACUGGGAAAUUUUCACAAACACCUUACAGUCGUUAGAGUUUCGAUCAAACCCCGGUCUCAUUGGAACAAUUCCAAACACUAUUGGCUACCUUAAAAACCUUCAAUCUUUGGUGAUUCUACACAAUGGAUUGAGAGGUGAACUGCCACCAGAAAUAGGCAAUUUAGUCAAACUCAGGCGACUAGUCCUCGCCGGAAACCGGUUCGUGGGUCGGAUUCCAGAAAGUUUUGGAGACUUGAUUGAGCUCUUAAUAAUUGACUUAAGCAGGAAUAAGGUAUCUGGGUCGUUGCCUCUGACUUUUGGAAAUUUGACUUCACUCCUAAAGCUUGAUUUAAGCAACAAUAUGUUGAAAGGAGAGCUGCCAGCCGAGAUCGGAAGGCUAAGGAAUCUCACAGUGUUGGACCUUGGGAGCAAUAAAUUUUCCGGUGGGUUGGCUCCGGCGCUUGAACAAAUGGUUUCCUUGAAAGAUAUGGUGAUUUCCAACAACCCAAUAGGAGGUGAUCUCAAUGGAAUCCAGUGGCAAAAGCUAAAGGAGUUGGAAGUUUUGGAUCUUUCUCAUAUGGGUUUGAAAGGGGAGAUACCGGAGUCCAUGACAGAGUUGAAAAUGCUGAGAUUUUUGGGGCUUAACAACAACAGUCUCUCAGGAAAUGUGUCUCCAAGGCUGGGAUCUUUACCAUGUAUUACUUCUCUUUACGUUUAUGGAAACAAUUUGACAGGGAAACUGGAAUUCUCAGAAGGGUUUUAUAGGAAAAUGGGAAAGCGGUUUGGAGCUUGGGACAAUCCGAAUCUGUGUCACCUGCAGGGUGCAUUGAUGUCGGAAACAGGGAAUUUUCCGAAUGGAUUCGAAGUCGGCGGCGAUCAUGGUUGGGUUGUUCCCAAGGCUAAGCACGACCGCCAAAUGUACAACCAGUGGGCUUCCCAGAACAGGUUUAAGGUUGAUGACACCGUCCAUUUCAAGUUCAAGAAAGACUCAGUUUUGGUGGUGAGUGAGGAGGAGUACGAGAAGUGCCACUCGGCUCAUCCUCUCUUCUUCGCCAACGACGGCGACGGUGUCUUCAAACUUGACAGGCCGGGGUUGUUCUAUUUCAUCAGUGGGGCUGCCGGCCACUGCGAGAGAGGGCAGAAGAUGAUCGUCAAAGUUAUUGAGCCGGCGGACCCACCAAAAUCCGACAACAACACGACAGCAGACUCAUCCAACAAGAGUGGUGCAACUGCGAUGGCUGUCGUUUCUUCUCCUGCUGUCGUGCUGUUCAUGCUGUCUUUCUUUGGGGUUCUUUAAUUUUCUUUUGAAUGCAAUAUUGCUAUCUUGUUCUU